AGCCCAUUUGGUAGUUUCAACCUGUCCAUCCACAAUGGCUGUUGCCUUUCGCUUGCGCAGUCGGCCAGCCAUUAGCGAAUGGUCCGUCGAUCAGGUCUCGGACUUCCUGGAGACCUUGGGCCUCGAGGCCUCGCUGCGUGAGACGUUCCGCGCCGAGUCGGUGGACGGGCGGACCUUGUGCGAGAUCACGGAUGAGGACCUCUCAGGACCGCCAUUUGCGCUCCCUUUCGGCCUGCUGAAGGAGUUGGCACAGCAGCGACGUUUGGAGAGCAGCCGUCAGCCCGAACGUGGCUUAGAGCGUGGACCGUUCCUGGUGAAAGGCGAUCAUGUGGACGGUCCACAACUGAGCCGGGAUGCUUUGGAACGCAUUCGAACCUAUAGACUGGAGGCAUCCACAGGACGAUUAGUUCCACGGCAGCCGCCCUUGAGCGAUGAAGAGCUGGACUGCUGGCAAUAUCAGGCCUCAUGGCUGGUAUGUCCUGUGACUGGAAAGGCCUGGGCAAGAAGCGACGUUGUCUCGACGAUGGGCGUGGCCUUGUACCAUGCACCCAGAUUCUGCUCUGAGAAGGAAAAACAGCGGCUCUUCGUCGAGGAGGAGCAAGCUCGCCGCUACGACGCCCAACGAAAGGCCGAGAUGGACCACAGCGGUACAAGCUUCGAACGUAGCUAUGAGGUUUACCCCAUGGUGGAGCCUCCUCCCUUGGCCAACCUGCCGGUCUCCACGGCAUCAAACGAGCCCGAGAACGCGGAGCAGCUGCAGAGCUUGCGAGCAGAAGUGUCAGGUUUGAAGAGCCGAUCUGCAGCUGUCCAACGACAGAUGUUUGAGGGCUUGUCACAAGAUGGACACUUCGGAGACUUUCAGGAUGUGGGACGCGCUUUGGAGCAGUUGAAGGUGGAGCCGGCGGAUGACGCAGAGCUGGCUCACAAGUUUUCAGUCUACGAGUCGUACUUUGCCAGCGUCGUAGAUCUCCGGGCAGAUCUCUUUGGUCUUUGGGAACGGGGUGGCCCCCUGUUGGCGGCCGCCGAUGCUCAGACCAUGCGGGGUGCCAUUGGUCGUGUGGACAGCUUCGACAACUUAGCGAUUCCUGAGAGGAGCCGGCAUUGGUUUGUGUACCACAUGAUGAGCACUGCCUCCUCCAAUCAUCGAAAGAUGCAAAAGAUCAUGGAAGACUUGGAGGAGCUUUUUGAAGCGGCACAAGUCCUCGCGCCCGCGCCGUGGGGGUCCGAGGACCGACGCACGGCGGGAGAGUCGGAGGAGCUGACGGAUGAUCCUCAGCUGGGCACCAUGGAGGUGAUCAUUGGACCGGCCUUCGAUAUCGAUGCGUACAAUGAUGGAGUGAAGGGAAACCCCUCCAAAGGGAUCUUGGCAGCAGCUGACCGAGGCAUUCUUGAUAUGGAUCGACAAUACAAUGCGGUCAACUUCCAGUAUUUUGCUCAGCAAGCUGAAGCUGGUGUGACUCGUGCUGGCGCCGAAGCCUCCUUCAAGCGACGAUUGUGCACAAGCCGCUUGAGCUUCUACAUCGAGGAGUCGCACGGCUCUCGGAUCUUCCCUCGGAACAUUCUCUCGCAGCUGAGUUUACUCUUCUACAGGCGGAACGAUGCCUUGCGGUUGGCCAAUGGGCAGGUGAACGAGCUGAGGGUCGCUGUUUGCAUUCGCAAGGCCAUUCCUCGGAUGCUGCGAGCCAUUGUACUGGAUGUCUUUCAGGGAGACCGAAACUUCACACCUCACGUCGAAAAAGCAGUCCGAGUCUACCUGGCGUUGCACCAAGUGGCCAUCAAGUUAUUGGCGACAUUCCGGAAGAGCUAUGAGCUUUUGUACCAAUCUGUCUUGGAAUGGAUCCAGCAACCCUUUUGCGCCAAGAGUGAUGCAGAGUGGCCCGAUCUGGAAGAGUUGCUGUUGGGCUCCUCUUUGUGCAGUGUCCCCUGGUCUUUGCUUCGAGAGGCCUUUGUUCGGAAGCUCGUGGUCCAGCUCCUGGAGACCACCACCAUGAACCCCAAAGCGCCCAUCCGUCAACGUGCUGAGCACCUCUUCAACCAACAUCGGAACUUUCUGGAGAGGUUAACCUACAUCUUGUCAUUCUUUCAGGCCGGCCCUGGCAAACUACCUAUCCAGGAGAUGGACAAGAAAUACAGCCGUUGUGCUGGGACUUUACCCAAAGAGGAGCGUACAGCCCUGGUGGAUGCAGCGAAAGAAGGCUCUGGCAUCUCCUCUUUGGUAGACCUGUGGGCAGCUUUAGGUAUGCAGCGGAGCAAGGACACAGAUGAGUCCGCCAUUCUUCAGCACAUGGAGCUCUUCUUUGAUUACCUCCAGAAGAAUGUGGCCGCCUGGCGAGCUGCACCAGGCCCUACACAAAGCUCUGAGGGUCCCGCGCUCCCACCCAGUGCGCUGGAACAGUUAGCCUCCAUUGGCGCAGAGAGCGGUGCGCACGGUUGGCCAUCUUCGACCGGCACCUCACGCCGAGAGCGGGAGAUGCACAACGCGCAACGCCUGGCGGCGGAGAAGGCGCUACAUCAAGGCUUCCCGAAGCUACCACCAUCCAGGAGGCUGGAUGGAACCAUGUGCUACUACUGUCAGAAACGCUUCCCCAGCCGCAUGGCACUCUUCGCGCAUUUGCGUCGCUUGAUCGACAAGGAGCGCUUCGUGGAAGGCCAUCAUCAAGAGCAUUUCAGACUCAAGAUUGGAGGACCCUUCACUUUGCCAUCUACUGGUCCUCACAAAUGCGCAGCAGCCAAAUGUGGCAAGUCUUUCGAAUCCAAGAUGGAUCUGUGCCAGCACUACAACAUAAUGGGUGUCCCUGGCUAUGAGAGCCUUGAGAAUGCAGGAUACACAGAGGAUGUGAAGGCUAAGGCCACAAAACAGCAGGAGAGCCAACACGUUUUGCAGGAGGACAGUGGCGACAAUGGCUGGGAAGUUGUUGAUAUGGAGACGGAUCUUGCAACGUGCGCAGUGUGCUUGGAUCGGCCUGCAGACGUGGUGAUGGUUCCUUGUGGUCACAUUUUCGCAUGUCAUUGUUGUGGACAGAAGCUGAAAGAAUGUUCAUUGUGCCGAGCGAAAGUUUCUCAAGUUUUGAAAGUGUACUAUAGCUCGUGAUAGCUUGUGACACUGGACUCCUUACUUGUCCGCCUUGCACUGUGCUGACCAGAACCCUCAAUAUGUUCUCCUG